UUUGAUAGCUUGAGUUGUGAGAUUUACAAGCAUUGUGAUUUUUUGGAUAGACUACAUAGAACAGGUUCAGAGGAGUUACCUUUGUUUCUGUCUCUCCUUUUCCAACUGGUCUUUCCUCUCUCCGCUUCCUUCAUAUUGCUUUCCAGGAUGGGCCUAGUUGGCAGACCAGGGUUUGCUGUUAGGAAACUGGAUUCUGUUUGACCCCCACUUCCAUCACCUCCUCCUUCACUCCUGCCUAUAUUAUCUCGAAAAAUCACAGAUUCCCUCAAUUUCCUCCCCGAGAAUAUCUUUUCUCGACCUUCCAUAAGUGCCACACCUGCAUCAGAAUCUACAGAUUCGUCCACUGAUUCCUUGUGGUCAAUUCUUUCCUUUCCACCAAUUGAUUCCCUUGGGGAAAGCCUUCAAUCUUGCUCUUCCCUAAAACGGGUCCACUGAUUGAGUCAUCGGCCACUGCCGUGCCUGGCCUGGUUUUUGGGUUGCUCCCCUUUUGUUCCACCCCUUCCGAUGGGCUGUAUCAGUUUGAUCACCUUCUUCCGGCUCCUUCGAUCUAAAGAAAGUCUUCUUCCUAAUCAGUUCGGCUCUCAACUGUAGACCAAAUUGUUGUUCUGCUCCUCUGCUAAUUUUUGUUUACCCAUUUUUUUGCAGCCCUGAGCUUGGUGUAUUACACAACCACAAUUGAAGCACAUUCAAGGGAAUUUUUCGUAUUUCAUUGGGACCCAACUCCUCUUCCCUUGCAAAUUCACAGUUCUUCCUCUAGCCAGGGCUUUUGUCAGAUCAAUUUCUAUUUUCUCUCUUAGGAAUUUACCCCAUCCUCGUGCACAUAAACUUCCAGUACGUUUCCUACAGAUUUUCCAAUGAGAAUCCCUCUGUCACCGUUUAAACAAACCAGAGGAAGGUUAUGAAAUUGAACCCAAAAUACCUCUAUUGUGAAAUUCAACAGAUGAGGUUGGGAGAACCCAUCAAACGGUUUUAGCACCAAUAAGUAACUAUCGAACAGCCAUGGUCUGCCCUUCAUGACUCUCUCCUUGUCUACUAUGGUCGUGAACAUAAUAAUGAAUAAAUUGCGCUUGAUUUCUUUGAAAGACGCUGAUUUGCUCAAUUUCCAUACUUUUGCCAUUGUUGUUCGGAGAACUUCCUGCCCAAUGGUGUUGAUUGGCACAAAUCUUCCCCACCAGAAUCCUUUCUCCCUUACGUAAUACUUCCUCUGAUAAGCCUUCAUUGAGAUCAAUCGAAGAGUUUUCCUCUUCAGACAAAUGGAACUGAUCCCUUACUUCCUCCAGUCCCUCCAUUAACCCUCGUCCUAGCACCCUAUUGACUUAUCACUCUACCCUCACAGAAGCCAAGACUUUUUGCUCCGCCUCUUCCUUCUCAGAGAGACGGGAGAGAGAAGAAUUAGUACCCUAAGUACUUAUCAAUUCAAUAUAAGCUUUGUAAUUGGAUUAAUAGUUUGUUAGGAUUUCGUGGUUUUGAGUUGUUCCAAUACAAGGGGGCCCGACUGUGCAUUCAAAGAACAUUAUAUAUCUCGGUUGUACGUGUAGGUUUCUUUGUAUCAAUGUGAGGGAACCGCAUAAUUAGAACAUGUAUGCUGGAGUAGAGGUACACUGUGGCUCUUUGUAUGACUUGGAAGUUUGGAAAAAGGAUAUGGAGUCUUCACUAGAGGACGUGACUAUUUGUCAGAAAUGUGGUGACAGAGGCUUCUCUGUGGCUUUAAUCUACUGUGCAAAAUGCCAGGUUUCUGCUGAGCAUCGCUAUUGCUUGGAAGUACUGCCAGCAACUUUUGAUGAAUAUGUUACUUGGUUUUGUGACGAUUGUGAACCAAAGGUUGGAAAGCUAUAUACUAUCAACUUACCUAGCCCUUUCCCUCCUAGAGUAAGGCAUUCUGUUGAUUCAGAAAAUAAGCGAGCAGUCCAAUCUAGAAUCGGGUUAAAUAAGAAUAAUAACAACAUCCAAGGAUUGAAGGAUAACGAGAAAUUUGAAAAGAACAAGAAGAAGAAGAAGAAGAAGAAGAAGAAGAAUAGAAGGGACAUCAGUGUCUCUGUGGUUGAAACGGAUGUGAGAAUAUGUGAUAGUAUUCCUUCCCUUCAACUGAAUGAGACACAUUGUGGUGAGAUCUGGAAAAAAGGUCAGAAGCUUGGACAGGGGUAUCCUAAACUCUGUGACAUCCAUUGUGGUGAGAAAUGCGAAGAAGGUCAGAAGCUUGGACAAGAAUCAGGACUCCAUCUGAAAGAUGGAGCCAAUUUGGAUGAAGGUGUUGAAGAUGUUAGCUCUUCUAUUCAAUGCAUAAAGACACAUGGUCGUAAGAAUUGUGAGAAAGAUCUGAAGCUUGGACAAGAGUUCCGACUGGAUCUGAAUGAUGGGACCAGUCUUGAUGGGGAGAUUGAAUCUCUUAAAACCUCUCAAAUAGCAACUUCCGAUGUCUUAGAACGCCAUGUCCCUUCACAGCCUAUUGUUGAUCCUAUAUGGAGGGGUAGUUUAUGCAUCUGCAACAAUAGUUUUGACCCUCUUAGCAUUGUAGCCCAUUUGUCUAGCUUAGCAUGUUCUAAAGUCUGUGAGGAGACAAAAUUGAUACCGGAGUUGCUUUAUGCCGAGUUGCUUCUUAGGUCUCAAGUGUGGCCAAAAGGUUUUGAGAAGUGGGGCCCAACUGAUCAGAGUAUUGCUCUUUAUUUCUUUCCAGACAAUGAAAGUGAUGAAAUUGCUUGUGAGAGGCUGGUAAAAUUGAUGAUUGGCCAAGACCUUGCGUUGAGAUCUUUGGUUAAAAAUGCAGAACUUUUAGUUUUCCCUUCGAAGAAACUGCCUGUGCAGUAUUGGAGAUUUCAGGGGAAGUUUUAUCUGUGGGGUGUGUUCAGGCAAAAAAAGCAAAAGCUUCACAGGUAAGAAACCCAGGUGUCUCUGAAGUGGAGAAGACCGAUACAAAUGCCUUGAGCUGGGAUCGGUGGAUUUCAAUACCUGUUCGUUAAACAACAAUGGUAGUUAUGGUUUUAAGAUAAAAGUUUUGGUUUUGCUCUUCAGAAUGUAAAUAUCACUAGUGAUUUUGGCGAGGUCCGAAAACUUUAGUCAUUUAGGCUGACACUGCUGAGAUUAGAAGUCAAUCAGGGAACAGAGCCAUGAAUAUGGAGCAGGAAUUGGAACUUUGUAUGCUUAAAAAAAUCCAUGAGUAUUCCUCUAAUCCUUGAGUCGAUCUUUUGGCUGGUCAAGUCUACACAUGGAGGUGGGAUCGAUGUUUCACAGAACUCAUUUCUUGAACUAAUCAUCAUGGAGUUAUUAAAUUCAUUGUUUUUUGUUUACAUUUAGGUAAAUGGUCAUGGAAAGUAGAUUUUAUGUCCUGUAUAAUGUUUUUCGUUAUUGUGAGGUCAAGCCCAUGAAAAUAUUAUCACUCAUAUAUAACAUUUUUUUUAAUAAA